AUGUUGGAUACCAUCAAGCUGUUUGGAUUGCUACCAAGUCCAUUUACUUAUACUAUUAUGGAUGCCAACAUUGAACGAGGAAACAUCCAUGGCAUGCUUGAGUUGCUUCAGGAGAUGGAAGCAAAUGCUAUAGAACCAACUCAUGUAUCUUACACGGUAGUUAUUAAAGGACUUAUCAAACUGGGGAAGCUGCAGGAGGCUGUUCACUUAGUUGAGGAAAUGUAUGCUAAGGGCAUAACCCCAGAUCAAAUCACAUAUAAUACUCUGAUAAAAUGUUUCUGUAAAGCUCGAGACUUCAAGAAAGCUUUUCAGUUGCACAAUGAGAUGUUGAUUCAUAAUCUUGAGCCUACUCCUGUUACAUAUAAUGUUCUCAUCAAUGGUCUUUGUGUAUAUGGCGACCUAAUGGAUGCUGACAGGCUACUGGUUUCUCUUUGUGACUGCAAUAUCAAUUUGACAAAAGUUGCUUAUACCACGUUGAUCAAGGCACAUUGUGCAAAGGAUGAUGUACAUAGGGCAGUGGGGCUCUUCCAUCAAAUGGUGGAGAAAGGAUUUGAAAUCUCCAUUCGGGGUUAUAGUGCUGUUAUUAAUAGAUUGUGCAAAAGGGAAGAAACUGAUCCUGAAAAUCCCAUACGCCAUGGAACACAGAUCACCCUCUAUUUAAGGCCGGAUGACAAGUAUGAAUUCUCAGAUCCGCCCCAGAUCCAGGGUUUGCUGAAGAAUUACUUGCAGUUUGUUUCCUUCCCCAAUCUUUACAUGGAAAUAAAAAAUCAAGGACUGUUGAGUGAGCUCUUGGAUCCAGUUGCAUACACUCACUUCACCACUGAGGGUGAGGUGGAGUUCAGGAGUGUUCUUUAUAUUCCUGGAAUGGGGCCUCUUAACAACAAGGAUGUUGUCAAUGCAAAAACAAAGAAUAUAUGUUUGUAUGUGAAACGGAUAUUUAUCUCAGAUGAUUUUGAUGGUGAAGUGGUAAGGAUUAUGAGAAAGCAACUCAUACGGAAAACAUUUGACAUGAUUCAAGAGAUCUCUGAGAGUGAAAAUAGAGAGGAUUACAAGAACUUAUGGGAGAACUUUGGCAGCUUAGAUGAUUAUGUUGAGAACAUGCCUGAGAACCAGAAUGCAAUCUAUUACUUGGCAGCAGACAGUCUGAAAAGUGCUCGAUUCUUGGAAAAGUUGGUUCAGAAAGAUAUUGAGGGAUCUGUCCUGCCAACUUUGGUGGUAGUGCAGUAG